ACAAUCUACAGCAGCAACAAGCUUCCCAAUUCGCGCCUUCACUUCCAUCACGACGAUUCUGUUCCUUCUGCUUAGAGCUUGACGACACCUGUUUCUGCAUCGCCGCUUCCCAUUUAGUCUGCACGAGAGGACUUUCGCACGUGCUUCGACCUCCGAGCUGCGGCGCCACUCACUCACGACAAACGCCUUCUUCUUACCUUCGCAUCAACCAUAACCCACACGUCUACCCUCGCAUCAUCACCAUGGUCGGCGCUCCUUCUGCUGCGGCCAGUUUGGUCGGCUUCCUCUCAGAGCCCGACACUGCUCUGCAAAUCUUUGCCCUGGAGGAGCUGAACAAUGACAUGGACAACAUCUGGACUGAGGUCUCGGGGUCCAUCGGGCAAAUUGAGGCUCUCUACGAGGACGAAUCGUUCCCUAACCGCGAGCUCGCCGCACUGGUGGCGGCCAAGGUCUACUACCAGCUGCAGGAGUACAACGAGAGCAUGGUCUUCGCCCUCGGCGCUGGCAAGCUCUUCCGUUUGGAUCAUCAGGGCGAGUUUGAGGAGACCAUUGUUGCCAAGUGCAUUGAUACCUACGUCGCCCUGUCAGCACUCCAGAACCCUCCCGCUCCCUCAAGUUCGGUGCCGUCUGCAUCGCUCAACGACUCGUCGCUACCCACUGCCAACGGCAGCGCCAACACCACAACUCCUUUCUCGCAAUCUUCCGCACCGCCAAAGUCGCUCCUUUCCCGCGAAGUCGACGGUGUCCAGGCCGAUGGCGCAGCCGCUGGAGUCGCUGGCUCACAUCCCGCCCCCAACUCCCUCUCGCCUGCCACACAAAAGAGCCUUCACGGUGUCAUUCAACGCAUCUUCGAGUCAUGCUAUCAAACUGGCGCAUACCGACACGUUGUUGGCAUUGCUAUCGAGGCCCGCAGCCGUCAGGUCUUGAAGGAUGCCAUUCUGCGUUGCGGCAAGGACAAGCAGAGUACAGAUGAGCUGAUGGAGUAUGUGCUUGAGAUUUGCAUGAACGUGGUGCAAGAGCGCGGGCUUAGAGACGAGAUCUUGCAGCUUAUUCUCGAACUGCUCAACGAUAUUCCCGACCCGGACUACUUCGCCAUCGCUAGAUGUGUUGUACACCUUGGGCAGUACUCGAUGGCCAGCAACAUGCUCCGCCAGCUUGUGCAGAAGGCCGACGCAAAGUCAUUGGCCAUUGCAUACCAACUGUCUUUUGAUUUGUACGAGAACGGCACACAGGAGUUCCUGAUUCGUGUUAUGGAAGAGCUUCCUUCAAGCGACGACAAAUCCCCUGAGCCUACCAGCGAAGGCGCUGACGAUGCUGACGAGUCGACACAGCUCCUGUCUGAGUUGCGAAGAAGCACAGGUCCUUCAGGAGCAAAGGCAACAACGGCAGAGGAGAAGAAGGCCUUCAACUCGAUACGCGACAUUCUGCGCGGCACUACCAGCAUCGAGCUGAACCUUGAGUUCCUCUUCCGUAACAGCCACACGGACAAGCACAUCCUCAACAAGGUCCGCGACAGCCUCGAGGCCCGCAACUCCAUCUUCCACACGGCAGUCACUUUCUCAAACGCCUUCAUGAACUCCGGUACCACUGUCGACACCUUCUUCCGUGACAACCUCGAGUGGUUGGGCAAGGCCGUCAAUUGGUCAAAGUUCACCGCCACUGCUGCGCUCGGCGUCAUUCACAGAGGAAACCUCGCCAACGGUCGCAAGCUCCUCGAGCCUUACCUCCCCAAGCGCAAUGCUGUCGCCGGUACCGGAUCUCCUUACAGCCAGGGUGGUUCUCUCUACGCUCUUGGUCUGAUCUACUCCAACCACGGCACAAAUGUGCUUGACUACCUUCUCGAGCAGUUCAAGGACACUCAAGAAGAAGUCGUCCAACACGGUGGUGCCCUCGGUCUGGGUGUUGCUGGUAUGGCUACUGGCUCCGAAGACAUUUACGAAGCUCUCAAGGGCGUUCUCUACAGCGACUCGGCCAUUAACGGUGAAGCCGUCGGUCUUGCUAUGGGUCUCGUCAUGCUUGGCACUGGCAACACCAGAGCUCUUGAGGACAUGAUUGUCUACGCACACGAGACCCAGCACGAGAAGAUUGUCCGCGGCCUUGCCAUGGGCAUGGCCUUGAUCAUGUACAACCGUCAAGAAGGUGCUGACGAGCUCAUCAACGGCCUUCUCGACGAUGCCGACCCGGCUUUGAGAUAUGGUGGUAUCUUUACCGUCGCCCUCGCUUACUGCGGUACCAGCAGCAACAAGGCCGUCAGAAAGCUUCUCCACGUCGCCGUUAGCGAUGUCAGUGAUGAUGUCCGUCGUGCUGCUGUCAUGUCCCUGGGCUUCGUCCUCUUCCGCAAGCCUGGUGCUGUGCCUCGCAUGGUCGAGCUCCUUUCCGAGUCCUACAACCCUCACGUCAGAUAUGGUGCCACCAUGGCCCUUGGCAUUGCCUGUGCUGGUACCGGCCUUGAUGAGGCCAUCGACCUGCUGGAGCCCAUGAUGAAGGACUCUGUCGACUUUGUCCGUCAGGGUGCUCUCAUCUCUUUGUCCAUGAUCAUGGUUCAGCAAAACGAGGCCAUGAACCCCAAGGUUGCCACCAUCCGCAAGACCCUGCAGAAGAUCAUUAGCGACAGACAUGAGGACGCCAUGUGCAAGUUCGGUUGCGCCCUUGCCCUCGGCAUCAUUGACGCCGGUGGUCGCAACUGCACCAUCGGUCUCCAAACUCCUACCGGCAACCUCAACAUGUCCGCCAUUGUCGGUAUGGCCGUCUUUACUCAGUACUGGUACUGGUUCCCCCUUACUCACUUCCUCACCCUCUCAUUCACCCCUACCGCUAUCAUUGGUGUCGACUCCGACCUCGAGAUUCCAUCAUUUAAGUUCCACAGCAACACUCGCCCUAGUGUGUUCGACUACCCCCCUGAGGCUGAAGUCAAGGCGGAAGAAGCUCCUGAGAAGGUCAAGGCUGCCGUCUUGUCAACAACGGCACACGCAAAGCGCAGAGAACAGGCAAAGAAGAGGCAAGCUAGACGUGAAAGCAUGGACAUCGACACAACACCCACAAGUCCCAAGGUCGAAUCUGGCGACAAGAUGGACAUGGAUGAUAACGUUAUCGAUACUGCCAAGCUUGCCGAAGAGAAGGGCGAGGCUGCACUCACGGAUAGCAACACAAAGAAGAAGGCUGAGCGCGAGAAGGUCGGCUACGAGCUGGAAAACAUGAGCCGCGUGCUUCCGGCACAGAUCAAGUACAUCUCCUUUUCGCAAGAAGGUCGCUACCAACCAGUAAAGAAGCCCACUGGAGGUGUGAUCCUUCUCCACGACACGCAGUCAUCAGAGGAUAAGUCUCUGCUUGAACUCAAGGCCAAGAAGAAGACCAACAACGCCGCCGCAGCACCGGUUGUCGGUGGAUCAUCACAACAGGGCGCCACACCCUUCACACCUGCCCGUCAAACCGGCGAUGACGCUCUUGCCGCAUUGGGCUUCGGCGCCGGUGCCGGUGUAGGCGCGGCUGCCGCAUCUGGCGUGUUGAAUGCAGUCGACGAAGACGUAGAAGGAGGCGAGGAGGCCGAACUCCCCGAUGAGUUCGAGGUCGAGGACGAGGACAUGGCCGACGACGACGAAUAGACAUUAUCUCUCAAAUAGGAAGGAGCGAUUUGUUGUUUUCCUUGCACCCAGUGUAAUAUAAUUCUUUCACAUCAAUGAGUGCUUCUCUGUUACUGUUGACUUCAUUUUCUCUCGGGUCUUGCAAUAUGAUGGUUCUGUUAUUGUAGAGAUCUUCUAAUCUUGAAAGGGUAUACAUUCUGGGAUGUCAGUGAAGGAUGAUGUAGGUUUGGACAACGUUUCGUAUCUUAAGAAGCAUCCUGGGC